UUAGCAGUAGAAAAGUAUACGAGCACAACACAGUUCCAUGCCCGUAGUACAUAGGUCACGAAUCGUAUUGUAGAUUUUACAACUAGAGACCCAUAUCAAGAUGCCAGUCAAAGCUGUUUGCGUGUUUAAAGGUGACGGAGAUGUCACUGGUACUGUGCAUUUCGAACAGGAAGGUGAUACAGUCAAGUUGACAGGAGAGCUGAAAGGACUGGCCCAAGGUGAUCAUGGCUUCCACGUGCAUGAGUUUGGUGACAAUACUAAUGGCUGUACGAGUGCUGGGGCACAUUUCAACCCUAAGGGUAAAACUCAUGGUGCACCUUCAGAUGAGGAAAGACAUCAUGGCGAUCUGGGAAAUGUAACUGCUGGGGCAGAUGGAGUAGCUCAAGUUAACAUAACCGACAGUUUGGUCUCACUGACAGGGGAAGAGUCCGUCAUUGGCAGAACUAUGGUGAUCCAUGCUGAUGUCGAUGAUCUAGGUAAAGGAGGCCACGACCUAAGCAAAACAACUGGCAAUGCUGGGGCAAGAUUGGCAUGUGGUGUUAUUGGCAUCUCAAAGUAGAUCUCCAUUCCAAGGAAUUUGUGUACAUCAGUGUUAUAUAAUGAAAAAUACAGUUUAUCCAGAAAAUCUAGUUUUCAAGAGACAAAGUGUAGUGGUCUUUAUCUGUUUAAUAAUAAUGAGACGCCAAAGACAUUAUUUUCACCACUUGAGCACUUUUGUGGACUAGUCAUAUCUUCACUACGAGACAUGUCCUUAAAGCAUGUAGAACAUGUAAAAAUGUAUUCUUUUUUUUUCUACUUUGUCAUUUCGUUUUUGUUAGAAAAGAUUUAGGUUUGGUUGUAGUGAUGACAGCCAGCUAGGAUUAUUUUUCUGAUAGAUCAUUGCAGUUUUUUUGUUCAAAACUGAUCACUGCAGGCUAAGUAAACAAGGCAUAACAGAUAUGAAGCAAUAACAACAAAGGUUUGACACAACUUCCUUUUAUUUGCACAAAUCUUGAUACAAAUUAGUGUUUAUCUGCAAAGUUAUGGAAUUAAAAUGUAUCUAAUCAGAAA